CCAUUUGUAGGCCACCGCUCUCCAACGCUGAAUCCUACCGGUCCUGGGUGGUGUUUCUAACUUCGUCGGUUCUCUUUAGACAAACGAAAAAGAAAACUGAAUUUUUUAUUAUAGAUUAAAAAAAAAAAACUGAAAAAGCAGCGGAAAAAUCGGCUUUUUAUUUUGUGAUCAGAUCAAACCAAUCUCAACCGUCAGACAAGCCGUCAUUUAUUUUCUCGACAAACCUUUCUUUUCCUUUAUAAUCCCUGCCGGCUUUUCUCGCAUUCUCUCCAGGUUGUAUUAUUCUUGUGAAGAGCUAGCAAUUCGAAGUUCUCUCUGUAGCUUUUCUUCCUCUGUCGUUUUUUAAGCGACGGAUUUAUAUUUUUGGCCAAAUUUCCGGUCGGUUUAAAAUGUUUUUGCAGAGAGAACACAGUAAAGCCUAGGCGCUUUUGUCUAGCAACUUCGUUUUUGUUUAGUUUUCUUCUUUCCAGUAAAUGGGCUGCUUUCAAUCUAGAGUUACAAGACAAUACCCAGGACACGAAGACCCUAUUUCUCUCGCUUCUCAAACUGCUUUUAGUGUUAGUGAAGUUGAAGCACUCUUUGAGCUAUACAAGAGCAUCAGCAGUUCUGUGAUUGAUGAUGGGCUGAUUAGCAAGGAAGAGUUUCAGUUAGCUCUGUUUAAGAAUAAGAAGAAGGAAAACAUUUUUGCGAAUCGGAUCUUUGAUUUAUUUGAUGCUAAGAAGAAGGGAGUCAUCGAUUUUGGUGACUUUGUUCGAGCUCUCAAUGUCUUCCAUCCAAAUGCCUCACAAGAAGUCAAGAUAGAUUUUGCAUUUAAACUUUAUGACAUGGAUGGAACGGGUUUUAUCGAGCGUAAUGAAGUCAAGCAAAUGCUGAUCGCACUUUUAUGUGAAUCUGAAAUGAAGUUAGCUGAUGAAACCAUUGAGGCAAUACUUGAUAAGACAUUCUUAGAUGCCGACAUUAAUCAGGAUGGAAAGAUCGAUAUAUCUGAAUGGCAAAACUUUGUCUCUCGUAACCCAUCAUUGUUGAAAAUCAUGACCCUCCCAUACCUCAGGGACAUAACAACAACAUUUCCAAGCUUUGUUUUUAAUUCUAAAGUAGACGAGGUUGCCACGUGAUUGGGGGAGUAUGUGAUGGACUUAGCAUGUUCAUGGAUUGGAUUGAAAGACAAUUUUUUGCAUGAUUUGUUGACAUUGUCUUUAUGUGAAGAAAGUAUGCCUAGUUUUUGUUGUAAGGCUAAAGCAAUCAAGUUUGCAAAGGGUAGCAACUAAAUAUGAUUAGGAUUGCUAGUUGAUUACUUGAUUGUCUAGGCAUUUCUAAUUAACCUUUUCAGGUUUUUUUAAUCCUUGAUUUGUAGUGAGGUAAUAUCAGUUCACGUUACAUGAAGUUAUAUAAAGUUUUUUUA